AUGACCGACGCCAACGCGACCACCAAACCAGACCCGCCCACCCGCUCUGCGACGAUGGGCAGCACCAGCACCGCUCUCCCCCCUUCCGCCGCUGCCAGACAACGUCUUCCGCAGAGGAGCGCGACCGCCUCACCCUCGCCGAGGCCCGAUCCGCUGCUCCGACGGCGAUCUUCGCUCUUGUCGUACUCCAGCAUCGAGGAUGUGUCGCAAUCGUUUGCAGACGAGAUCAUCAACCCGCGCAUGGGCAGGCGACGAGGCGGACACGAUGAGAACCAACUUACCCAUUGGCAGUCGUCCCCGCUGGCGUUUGCCAUUCUGCCCGCGAUCGGCGGAUUGCUGUUCAAGAACGGUUCUGCGUUCGUGACGGACGCCCUGCUGCUGGGCUUGGCUGCGAUAUUCUUGAAUUGGAGCAUCAGGUUGCCGUGGGAUUGGUAUUGCUCUGCUCAAGAGCUGAGGCGCGAUGUGGAGCCAAGUACGGAUGCUGUCCCGACAGACGUGGAGGACGAGACGGCUGCGGAGAGUGCUUCGUCGGCGGGGAGCUCGCCCACUCCUCCGUCCAGACGUCGGCAAGAGGGCACAGAGAGAGGCAAAGAUGCGCCCACACAGGAUGUCGCGAAGCGAGAAGAGGCUGCUGGAGAACUGCGUCGACAAGAGCUUCUGGCAUUGGGAGCGACCUUCGUCUUCCCGGCCUUGGCAGCCUACCUUCUUCACAUCAUCCGCGCACAACUCACGACCGCGUCGACUGUCCUGGUCUCCGACACCAACCUAUCUAUCUUCCUCCUGGGGGCCGAGAUUCAACCCUUCAGGCAGCUCAUCCGUCUGGUCUCGAGACGGACGCUCUAUCUCCAACGUGUUGUGACCGGACUCGAUGACCCUCUCGCUUCCGCGGUAGGGGAGAAGCAUAGGGUCUCGACCCUCGCGAGUCGCAUACAGGAGCUGGAAUCCAAGUUGGCAGACAACACUCUCGUUCCCCAGACCACAGCCAUGGCGCAGAAGACGGAUAUCAACGACCUGUCCGCGGAGAUCAGGAAACGCUAUGAACCGCGCGUUGAAGGUCUCGAGCGGGCAGUCCGCCGCUACGAGAAGCGCCAGACGACCAUUGCCAUUCAGAUCGAACAGCGACUGCAGCUGCUCGAAUCCCGCACCCAAGACGCCGUCAGCCUGGCCGCCGCCGCAGCACAGAACUCUCGGAACCGCGGCGUGGUCGGCAACGCAUUCACCACUCUCGUCGCCAUCGUCAUGCUACCCCUCCGUCUUGCUCUCCAAAUCUGUCUCUGGCCCUUGAAAGCCUUGGACGACAUGUACCUUCGACUCAAAACUCUGCUCCUGGGCCCCGGGCCGCCGCGCUCUGCCAAGCGCAAGAGCAGCAGGCGCGACGGCAGUGCCAAUAGGGACGAUGGCAGAGCGAGAGAUCUUAGAGAUAAGGUACCUACUUCUUCUUCUUCAUCGUCAUCUGCGAAAAGAAUUCGCUAG